AUGGACUCCAUGUCUCUGAUGAGCGGCAGCAGGAAGCCCCUGUUCCUCACAGCCUCCUCCUCCCACCACGUCCAGGCCCCCCUGCUGUCCAAAGGCCUGAAGAACGGAGCUGCAGAUCCAGGAAGCUGGCGCGUGUCUGCUCAGCCCACUGUGGCCAUUCUGGGAUCAGGUGACUUCUCCAAGUGCCUGACCAUUCGCCUGCUGCGCUGCGGCUUCCAUGUGGUGGUGGGCAGCCGCCAUCCCAAACUGGCAGCCCACUCAUUUCCACAUGUGGUGGAUGUAACGCACCAUGAAGAUGCUGUGGGGAAGGCUAACGUUGUAUUCCUGGCAAUCCGCCGUGAGCACUAUUCUGUUGUGUGGGACCUCAAACACCUACUGGAAGGGAAGAUCCUGGUGGAUGUGAGUAACAAUAAGCGAGCAAACCAGUAUCCAGAGUCCAACGCUGAGUAUCUGGCGUCACUGCUGCCAGACUCUAUCGUGGUCAAAGGCUUCAACGUCAUCUCCGCCUGGGCCAUGCAGCAGAGCUACCCUAAGGAUGCCAGCACACAGGUGUUCAUCUGCAGCGACUCAGUGGAGGCCAGGCAGCAGAUCAUGGAGUUAGCCCGGCAGCUCAACUUCCAGCCGGUGGACAUGGGCACCCUGUCUUCUUCCCGUGAUAUUGAGAACAUGCCUAUCCAGUUAUUCCCUGGCUGGAAGGGCCCUGUUCUUGCUGCCGUGGCCCUCUCCAUCUUCUUUUUUUCUUACUCGUUUAUUCGAGAUAUAAUCCACCCAUAUAUGAAAUACAAGCAGAGUGACUUUUACAAGAUCCCCAUAGAGAUAGUGAACCGGACACUACCUGCCGUCGCCAUCACUCUCUUGGCCCUGGUGUACCUUGCAGGACAGUUAGCAGCUGCCCACCAGCUCUACUACGGCACCAAGUACAAGCAUUUCCCCCACUGGCUGGAAAACUGGCUGCAGAGCCGCAAACAGCUGGGCCUCCUCGGGUUUUUCCUGGCUGCUGUUCAUGUGCUCUACAGUGUGUGCCUGCCUCUGAGAAGGUCUGAGAGAUACCUGCUGCUCAACACUGCUUACCAACAGGUCCACUCGAACAUGGAAAGCACGUGGAACGAGGAAGAGGUGUGGAGGGUGGAGAUGUAUGUUUCCUUUGGCAUCAUGAGUCUGGGGCUGCUGUCUCUGCUGGCUGUCACCUCCAUCCCGUCUGUCCACAGCACGCUCAACUGGAGGGAAUUCGGCUUCAUACAGUCCACUCUGGGGUACAUCGCCCUGCUCAUCGCCACCUUCCACGGGCUGCUGUUUGGCUGGAAACGCGCCUUUGAGGAGGAGGCCUACCGCUUCUACCUGCCCCCCAGCUUCGUCGUGGCCCUGGCGCUCCCGGUGUGCGUCGUCGUCGGGAAGCUGCUGAUCCUGCUCCCCUGUGUUGCCCGCAAGCUCCACCAGAUCCGCAGGGGUCAGGACAGCAGUGAGAUGAGGGGCAAGCGCAUGGAGCCGGUGGGCUCGGCGGCCCACGUUUCCCCUGAGAGGGUCACCAUCAUGUGAUCUGUCUGUUUGUAGCUACAGGUGAGGAACCACUGUAGUGAUUCUCACUGAGGGACUGUGUGUGAGGACAGCUUCAUGCUGUGGACCUGUUGCUGUAUCCGCUUAUUUAUAUUGUUCAACGAUGCUGCUUCGUAUUAUUGUGUGUUUCAUCAGAACAUCACGUCCCUGCUUUGAGUCGCUGCUUUAACUGAAACUGCAGUUUGUACAGGUCCAGCUCCAUGUUGGAGGACAGCUGCAGUCUCCUCACUGUAACGCUGCACACCUGCGUUUACCUGUGUGUGUCUCUGCAGUGCGAUCUGAGGCCGUCAUUAACACAUGUUUUCCUUACAGAUGUGGUAGAAGUGUGUAACAUUUGUGUGUCUGUGAAACGUGUUCCUGUGACGCUCAUGUGACACAGCUUCACACUGAGUGUUAGUUUGUAGUAUUUAGUUGUAUUUUUACAGUGAAUGAACAGCUGGUGUCUAAUCUGCUGUUAAAUGAGCAGCAGCGCCCUCUGCUGUCCAAAUGAAGGCAGGAUUCAGGAAUCAUUCUUCUCUGUAUAUUUAUUCAGUUUGUGAGCUUUAAGAGAUCUACAGCAGCUGGAUUAGACGCCGGGUGGUGAUGGAGGACAGGAACGGCAGACCCAAGCUCGAUGACAACGUCAGAGUACAAAUAAACUUUAUCAUGAACAA